AUGGAAAAUAAUAAAACUAUCCUAUACCUUGGUACUCUCCAUCCUUUAAGUCAAGGAUUUGCUAUAAAUGCCGCAAAUGGCUACUUGCAAGCUGUUAUGUUGGCUAUCAGAGAUGUUAACAACAGACAAGAUAUUCUAAAAGAUUAUAAAUUAGAUAACGUCGUUUUGGAUACACAGCAUAAUUCAGCCUACGCUAUCAAACAAUUUUUUAAACUUGUAAGUAACAAACCUCAAAAAAUGAUCAUUUAUGGACCAAUAUUGUCUCCAAACUGUGAAGCUGUGGCAGCUAUAUCAAAAUAUUGGAAUUUACUUGUGACUGCUAGAGACUUAAGACAGAGAGCUAAAUUAGCAAAUAUGGAAAUUUUGGCUAGUGAAACAUUCUCAAGCGAAGUUGACUUUCACCUUGCUCGAAUUAAAGAAAGUAAAGCAAGGAUUAUUAUGGUGCUUGCUUAUCCUUCUGAUGUACUAUCAGUUAUUUGCUCGGCUUUUAAACAAAAUUUAUAUGGUCCAAAAUAUGUUUGGUUUUUGAGUGGCUGGUUUUAUAGCAAUUGGAUGUUUCAAAACUAUGAUGAAAAUAAGUUAAAUUGCAGUAUUAACGAAAUUUUGAAAGUUCUCGACGGUUACUUUGCCUUUAAAGGUGUCAAUUUGCCUGACCUUAAGGAACCUCGACUUAGUGGCUAUACGCCUGAUCAAUUCUUAACGGAAUAUAAGAAUUUUGGAAAUCGUACUCAUCUGACUGGUACUUUCCCUUAUGCUUACGAUGCUGUUUGGUCUAUAGCACUGGGUUUGAAUACUACCGAUCAUAUCUUAAAAAAGUACCAUGGGCAUACAUUAGCAGAUUUUAACUAUAAAGAUAUAUUAACGAGGUCCAUCUUUCAAGAAGCUCUGAAUAAUGUUUCAUUUAUCGGCAUAAGUGGUAAAAUAAAAUUCGUUGAUGGAAAUAGAAUUGGCAACGUGAAGUAUAUGCAAUAUCAAAGAAAUAAGUAUAUAAAUUAUACUUUGCAAGUAGGAUUUUACGACGUCUUUAAUGAUAGCGUUUCUAUAAACGAAAGUUUCGUUGCCUGGAAAGGCAAAAAAAUCCCAAUGGAUCAUGUACGAAUAGUUGUUGUCAAUCUUGGUAUCGGCUUUGGAGUAUUUAUCGUAUUUGCAGUCUUGUCUGGCAUUGGGAUCUUGUUUGCACUGAGCAUUAUUGCAUUUAAUAUUUCUAAACGAUCUACUAGGAUAGUCAAAAUUACAAGUCCUAGGAUUAAUGUUCUCAUGCUAGCUGGAAGCGUUUGCUGUUAUUUAGCAAUUGUACUAUUUGGCUUAGAUUGGAGUAUCAUGCGACAAGAUAUGGUUAAAUAUGCAUGUACCAUUGCUACUUGGCAAUUAAGUAUAGGGUUUACACUCGGUUUUGGGGCUUUAUUCUGUAAAACCUGGAGAAUUUAUGCCAUUUAUAGGAAUAAAUUUUCUAAAAAAGUGAACAUUAAAGAUCGACAUGUAAUCUUAAGGUUGAUAAGCCUUGUUAUGAUUGAUUUAAUCAUCUUAACUUGCUGGCAAAUAAUAAAUCCACUUGAGACAACAGUCCAGGAUUUACCAAAUAAGAGGCUUAUGUCUGUAAAUGGAGAGGUAGAGACCUUUUAUAAUAUCUUAGUUUGUCGUUCAGAAAAUAUGUCGAUUUGGCUGGGUGUCACGUAUGGAUAUAAAUUUCUGGUGAUGAUCUUUGGUGCAUUUCUUGCCUGGGAAACACGUUAUGUGCACAUACAGGAGUUAAAUGAUUCCAAGUUAAUUGCGGUUUCAAUUUAUAAUGUUGCAUUACUAUCAACGGUUGGAGUUAUUUUACAUGAAUUUACAUUUGCUGAACCUCAUAUUGCUUACGCUCUGGUUGCAUCUUUCAUAUUUUUUGCUACGACUAUUACCACUUGCAUCAUUUUUAUACCUACUAUGAAAGAAUUUGUAAGAAACAGGAAAACAAUAUCGAGUAAUACUAAUAAUAACAGUAAUGUUGGGAAUCGGCUCUGGACAAGUGGUACGAAGGGGUCUAGUAAAUUGUAUGCGGAAUCUGAAGACAUCAAUCAGUUAAAAGAAGAAAUCUAUAGGCACAAAAUGAUUAUUGAGGAAAUGAAGUCAUACCUGAUAUCCAAGGGUAUUCCAUAUGAAGGAAUUAACCUUGAAUAG